AUGGCAACACCAAGAAGAAUGGUGUACAUGAAAACAGCGUCUUCCUACGUUGUGCAGUUUCUGCAGAGGCCUCACUCUCUGCCUUUGGUUCUGAGCAUGUUUGUGUUGGUCACGUGGAUCUCACUCCGAAUGCACGUGACUCGUCCUUCAUUUCCAACCAAUUCGACAACCAAGGACGACAUCAAGGCCAAUGUGGUCAGGUUCCAUUCUCGUACUCCGGUCAUUGCAAAAGACAACCGUGGCUGGUUGCUUCAUCCUCUCUCCCUUGCCUCCGCUUCUCACAUUUCAGGGGGAGCUGUCACUUGUGCUUCAAUUCAUGUUGGAGAAAUUCGACCAGGCAUGUUAAGAGGAAAUCACAGACACCUUGAUUGUAAUGAGACACUUGUCAUUUGGGGUGCUGCAACAAAAUUUAGGUUAGAGAACAACGAGGUACCUGAUAAUGGUUAUGCUGAAGUGAUCAUUGGAUCGGAUGAUGUUGCUGUUGCUACCAGCCCUAGUGGGAUAGCACAUGCAUUAGUGAACAUAGAUCAGAUCCGGAGUACAUUCUUUAUAGGAUGCCAAGACAGUAUUAUAAAUUAUAAUGCCUCAAGUACUGACUUUAAUGUUUGGAAAGAUCUUUAA